AUGGAUGCGCAGUCAUCUCAAAUUAAAGAUUACCUAAUUCGAUUCCCAGAACUCAUCAUGUAUGUGGUAAAGGCUGGAUACACUGAGGCAUCUGCUAAAGCUGCAGUGAUGUUCUGCAAGUAUUCUGAUGAUGGGUUGAAAAAUGAAGAUGUAGAUGAAGAUGAAGUAAUGGACUGUGUUUAUGAGAACAGCAGUGACGACGAGUGGGUCGAUGAAUGGAGUGCGAAAUAUGAUGAGGAACGGGAAAAUGUUCUUCAGAAUCAGCUGAAAUUCACUGGUGGUCAUGCACCACAACAGAUGAAACCUGCUUUUACCAUGUCAGCAGAUGAGAUGACAAAGACGUUUGAAAACCUGAAUUCCUGUCAAGAGAAGAUUAUGCUACUGUGGGACACCUACUGUGGGAAAUUAUCAGGACUUGUGUCAGACAAAUACAUAGGGCUGGAUCUUCUAGGAGAGACACUGAAGCAGAUGGCAGAGAGGGUCGACCCUAUUUCUACAGAACUGGAAGAUAGUCUGUUGGAAAUGUUUACAACUGUCCGAUGCUUUUCCCCUGAAGACACUCUAACACACUUAAGUGAGACCAUCAACAACAGUGAUAAAGCGUCUGAAUUUCAGUUAAUGGAUGACUCAGAGUUCAGGAGUGAGGGAUCUCAGAGGACCUACCAAUACCUCAAACAUUUUCAAGGAAAGAGCCUUGAAAUGUUUAAAUUUGACCGACGGGAAUGCCCUGAUAGUCCACAGGAAUGGUUGAAAUGCAUUUUACAUUACUGUAAAAUCAGGAACCCAUCAUGGGCAGAAUUGUGCCACUUCACACAUUUUCUUAAUGUGCAGCUGAAGAAGUGUGAAGAAUCUGUGUUCUGCAGUGACAUGCUGCGCAAUGACUUAACUGGCUUCAGAGACUUUGUUGUGAAAUUUAUGAUCACAAUGUCCACAGAUUUUACCAUGCCCUCACUGGCAACCUCUGAUGAAAGUGGUGGGUCAACAAGAAAUGAAGAUAAAAAUGAAGGUGCAGAUGAUGUUUUGAAUGAGUUUCAGAUUAGAAAACACUGGGAACAAGAGGCGCAUCCAUAUAUCAUGUUCAAUUCUGAUGGAGUGUCCAUGACUUUCUUGGGGUUCCACAUUCAAAAUUAUAAUGCAGUUGACGUCAGAACUGGUAAGGUCAUUGAGGAGAAUGUUAUAUCCAAAUUGCUCUUUGACCAGUUGAGGGUCCAAAGAGUGCCAAUGAAUGUUGACUUUAAAACACUUCAUCGUACAGAACAGCUUGAGAUUUUGUGCAGAGUGCUGGGAGUGCAAGAGAAAGACCCAGAUAGCACAUACCAGCUGACACUGGACAAUGCUCUGAAAAUCCUUGCCAUUCACAUGCGAUUUCAGUGUAACAUACCAGUGGUGAUCAUGGGUGAAACUGGAUGUGGGAAGACACGACUGGUUAAGUUUAUGUGCGACCUACUAAGGAAAGAUGAUGACAAAACAAAUUUGUUGAUGGUUAGAGUUCAUGGGGGCACAACAUCUGACAUGAUCUACAAGAAAGUUGAGCAGGCAAUUGAAGUUUCCAAAAGGAACAGAGAUCUUGGCAUGUAUACUGUUCUCUUCUUUGAUGAAGCAAACACAACAGAGGCUCUAUAUGCAAUCAAAGAGGUGAUGUGUGACAGGGCCAUCAAAGGAGAACAAAUUGAUGCACCUGACCUGAAAUUCGUUGCUGCCUGUAAUCCCUACAGAAAGCACACACAAAGUGCAAUAGAACAGCUAGAGAAAGCAGGAUUAGGGUAUAGGGUCCGUGCUGAAGACACAUCAGAAAAGCUUGGACAGAUUCCAAUGCGGCAGCUUGUCUACAGAGUACAGCCAUUACCUGCAAGCCUCUCCCCACUAGUGUGGGACUUUGGAAAGCUAAAUGAACAUACCCAAGAGCUUUACAUCACAAAGAUGGUUGAAACGUUCUUCACAACUGAAAAUCUGGAGGAACGACAUAAAUCAGUGUUCACAAAUGUGAUCAAUAUAUCUCAGACGCACAUGACUGAGAGUAAUGAGUGCAGAAUGGUAAGCCUCAGAGAUAUUGAGAGAUGCAUGAAGACAGUGAUGUGGUUUUAUCAGCAAAAAGAUAAAUUGUUCCCUCUUAUUGAUCAGAAAAAGAAAAGGCCUGAUGGCACAGAUCAGAGAAGAAUUGAUGAUAUAAUUCGAUCACUGAUCCUUGCAGUUGGAGUUUGCUACAGUGCUUCCCUUGAAGACCGCAAUAAUUUCCUAGAACUGACUGCUAGAGCCCUUUCCCUAAAUGCCCAGGAAAUGCUUGAAGAAAUAGAACUUUGUCAAGAGGUCUUUGUUGACAAUAUGGACAUCCCAGCUGCUACAGCAAAGAAUGAUGCUCUAAAGGAGAAUGUGUUCAUGAUGAUUGUCUGCAUGAAUUUACGACUGCCUCUCUUCCUUGUGGGAAAACCUGGAAGUUCUAAAUCACUGUCCAAGACUGUGGCUGCAGAUGCUUUACAAGGGAAGUCUUCACGUAGUGAACUUUUCAAGAGUUACAAACAAGCACAACUCUUAUCAUUUCAAUGUAGUGCUCAUUCAACAUCUGAUGGAAUCAUUUCCACUUUCAGGCAAUGUGCCCAGCUUCAAAAGAAAAAGAAUCUGGAUGAAUAUGUCUCAGUGGUGGUACUGGAUGAAAUAGGGCUAGCAGAAGAUUCACCCAAGAUGCCCCUGAAAACAUUGCAUCCUCUUCUUGAGUGUGGAUCUAUUGAUGAUGAAGAGCCUGAGGAUUAUAAGAAAGUUGGAUUUAUCGGAAUGUCCAACUGGUCCCUAGAUCCAGCUAAAAUGAACCGUGGCAUCCUUCUGUUCCGUGCUUCUCCAAGAGAAGGAGAACUUGAAAAAACAGCUAGAGAAAUCUAUUCUGCAGCUAGACCACUCAGUAAAGAAAUUGAGGAAAGCCUGCCUACUCUCACCAAGGCAUACUCAGAAAUCCUUAAAAAACAGGUCAAUGAGUUUUAUGGCCUCAGAGAUUAUUACAAUUUAAUCAAAGUGAUUGUUACCUAUGCACAAUCUUCUGAACCCUCCACUGCUGACCUGGCAAGAGCUGUCCAACGAAACUUUGGAAUCUUGGAUUCAGUCAACAGCCUUGACAUCUUCUCUGAGGAGUUUAAUGUUGAGGUCAAACCAGCCAAAACAAUUGACCUGGUGAGGGAAAAUUUGCAAACAAAGAAGAAAGCUGGUCUUGAAUCAAGAUAUCUUUUACUUAUGUCAAGCAAUAAUGCUGCACUUUCCAUACUGCUGAGCCUGGGAAUCAUCAGUGAUGAUGACACAGAGAUCAUCUUUGGCUCAGGAUUCCCACUCGACCAAGAGUAUUCUCAGGUCUGCCGUACAGUGAACAAAGUAAAGACUUGCAUGGAGACAGGAAGGUCAGUCGUGUUGCUAAACAUACAGAAUCUCUAUGAGAGCCUCUACGAUGCCUUGAAUCAGUGCUACGUCAAAUUAGGAGGGAGUUAUUAUGUGGAUUUGGGGCUUGGUGCCCAUCGUGUGAAAUGCAAAGUCAAAGAGGGCUUUCGACUUAUUGUCAUUGAGGAGAAAAAUGUUGUGAAAUGCUUUCAACCAAACUCAGAAGGCAGAGUUCUGGUGCUGAUUCAGUUCUACUUUGAGAACUCAAAGUUGAGUCAGCGGCUGCUGUCAUGUGCCAGCCAUGUCCUGUGGAUUCAUUUGGAGGAUGCUGUGGCCUCUGCUAUGGCCCCAGUCUUUGCAGUUGUGGAUGGAGACAAUAACUUGGAUCAUGUGACUGCUAAAAUGUCUAAACUGGAGCAAAUAGAAAAAUGCGAAGAACUGAUCAAGUUCCCCUGGCUCUACAACAUUAAAAGCACACACUCACUCUUUAACACGUAUGCAGAAGACUUGGUGAGGAUGUCUAUGCCUGAAUGUCCCUAUGAAGUCAAUCAGGCGUUCUCUGUGGCUUUGGUGGAAUUUGCCAAAAACCUCUACAAGGACUGGAUGCAAGCUGACCCAAAUGAUGUGUCCCUGCUUUGGCUGCAUGUGACAUAUGAGGGAAUGCGUGACAACCACCAGAUCUUUUGUAAACUAUUACAGCAAUGUGGGGACAUGAUCAACACCAGAGACGUGAGAGAGGCAACUGAGCCUGCGGCCAAUCGCAUGAUCCCUCUUUCCAUCACUCAUGAACAAGACCCCGAGAUACUUAAACUCCUCCACCUGGGACGCGUCCUUUCACCUUACCUGGAGUGGGCAUGCCAUCCUUUUCUGGGCUAA